AAUGUUAGCACAUAGAGCACGCUCUCAGAGGGGAUUCGGACCACAAUCUUAAAACUCCAUUAAACUUGGAAAAAGGAGCUCCUAAGGAAUUUCGAAUUAGUUCUGGAGUUUAACUACACACAAAUGGAUUAUCCUCUCAACUGGUUUCUUUUGCUGGAGAAAGGCAUAUGAUUCGUUUGAAGACGCAUAAUCUCUCACCUGGGAUUUCUUAUUGUCCACUCCUGGAUUUUUUUCAUCUUGAGUCCGUAAUGGGAUAUAAAACCCAACUUGGACGUUGUAUCCUUGUCGUAUUCGGUUAUUAUGUUAUAACCAGGUGCAGAACAAAUGCGGGUAAUAUCACUGUGGCCGUAAUGCUUCCAGACAAUAUCAAAUACCCUUGGGCAUCGCCAAGGGUCCUUCCUGCAAUCCGCAUGGCGAGAGAAAAUAUCCUGAAAAGCGGACUUCUAGCAGGACACACCAUAAACCUCCUCAACUUUAGUGUAGAGGAUUCCACUGGGUCUUGCUCGGAAAAUAAAGCACAGAUAAUUGCAGUGGAUACUAAACUUUACCACAAACCAGAUGCUUUCAUUGGACCUGGUUGUGUGUACGCUGUCGCCUCUGUUGGAAGAUUUGCGUCCCACUGGAACCUGCCACUGAUAACUGCUGGAGGACUAGCGUAUGGCUUCGAUAAUAUUGAAGAGUUCAGAACUAUUGUUCGGACGGGUCCCACCACCACCAAACUCGGAGACUUCGUCAACUACCUUCAUGCGCAUUUUAACUGGACCAAGCGCGCGCUGAUGAUAUUUCACGAUUUAAAGCAGGACGAUAGACCGCACUUCUUCCUAUCCGAAGGCAUUUUUCUAAACUUACUCGAAGAAAACAUGACCGUAGAAGCUUUCCCAUAUGGAGAAGAUUUAAAUUAUAAAGACAUCGUCACAUUUAUGAAAGAGAACGGGAGAAUUGUGUACAUCUGCGGGCCUCUGCAGACCUUCUUCCACAUCAUGAACAUCUUUGAGGAAGAGGUGAAGAACCCAGAGGACUAUGCCAUCUUCUACCUGGAUGCAUUUGGAGAAAGUCUCAGCAGCGAGGCCAAGCAGCCAUGGCAAGGCUCAAAUAUGCAGUGGAAGGAUCCAAUCAAACUGUUCCAGUCUGUAUUCGUUAUAACGUACCGGGAGCCAGACAAUCCAGAGUAUGCAACCUUUCGAACUGAACUCCAUAAGAGAGCAACACAGGACUUUAAUGUUCAGCUGGAACCUUCCUUGAUGGAUUUUAUUGCCGGUUGUUUCCAUGAUGGUUUUGUCCUGUAUGCCAAAGCCUUGAGCGAGGCUUUAGCAGAUGGGGUUUCUCAGAAUGACGGCCUCAACAUCAUUGCAAGGAUGCAAAAUCGAAGGAUCGCUGGAGUGACAGGCCUUGUUAGCACAGAUCGAAACAAUGCCAGAUACACAGACUUCAGCCUAUGGGCCAUGGCCAACCUGGAAACGGGACAAUAUGCGGCUGUUGGUCACUACAAUGGAACCAAUAAGGAAAUUUUGUGGUCGGCUACAGAGAGGAUUCACUGGCCCAAGGGUUGCCCCCCUAUUGAUGACCCACGAUGUCUGGUCUCCUGUGAAGAUCAAAUUCCUGUUCUUGGAAUUGUGGCUGUGGGGUCAGGCCUAGCCCUCAUCAUUUUUGGAAUGUCAAGUUUUCUCAUUUACAGGAAACUGAUGCUGGAGAAAGAGUUAGCUGGAAUGCUGUGGAGAAUACGGUGGGAAGAUCUGCAGUCCGAGAGUCCCAACAAAUACCACAAGCGUGCUGGCAGUCGCCUAACUCUGUCCCAGAGGGGUUCCAGCUAUGGGUCCUUGAUCACAGCGCAUGGCAAACAUCAGCUGUUUGCAAAAACAGGCUAUUUUAAGGGCAACCUGGUAGCAAUCAAGCAUGUGAACAAGAAGAGGAUUGAGUUGACCAGACAAGUGCUCUUUGAACUGAAGCAUAUGAGGGAUGUUCAGUUCAACCAUUUGACAAGGUUUGUUGGUGCUUGUAUUGAUCCACCGAACAUUUGUAUUGUGACGGAAUACUGUCCGAGGGGAAGUCUUCAGGAUAUUCUGGAAAAUGAGAGCAUUAACUUGGAUUGGAUGUUCCGCUUCUCUCUGAUCAAUGACAUUGUCAAGGGAAUGAACUAUCUACACAACAGUUACAUUGGUUCCCAUGGAAAUCUGAAAUCAUCAAACUGCGUGGUGGACAGCCGGUUUGUAUUGAAAAUUACAGAUUAUGGUCUGGCAAGCUUUCGAUCAUCAUUUGAAAAUGAAGACUCUCAUGAACUUUAUGCAAGAAAGCUAUGGACAGCUCCAGAAUUAUUGAUAUAUGACAGGCCCCCAGCCCAGGGGACACAGCAGGGAGAUGUGUACAGCUUUGGUAUCAUCCUGCAGGAGAUAGCCUUGAGGAAUGGAACAUUCUAUGUAGAAGGCAUGGAUCUGAGCCCCAAAGAGAUCAUCCAGAAGGUGCGGAAUGGGCAGAAGCCCUACUUCCGGCCCACGACAGACAACAGCCGCCACUGUGAGGAGCUGACUGUGCUGAUGGAGAACUGCUGGGCCGAGGACCCCGCUGAGCGGCCCGACUUUGGCCACAUCAAGAUCUUCAUCGCCAAACUCAACAAAGAAGGGAGCACCAGCAUCCUCAAUAACCUGCUGUCCAGAAUGGAGCAGUAUGCCAACAACCUGGAAAAUCUGGUGGAGGAGCGAACGCAGGCCUACCUGGAGGAGAAGAGGAGAGCAGAAAAUCUGCUCUAUCAGAUCCUGCCGCAUUCAGUCGCGGAACAGCUGAAGAGAGGGGAGACAGUGCAGGCUGAAGCCUUUGAUAGUGUCACUAUCUACUUCAGUGACAUAGUGGGCUUCACAUCAAUGUCUGCAGAAAGUACACCGUUACAGGUUGUGACAUUGCUGAAUGACCUCUACACAUGCUUUGAUGCCAUCAUCGAUAAUUUUGAUGUGUAUAAGGUGGAGACCAUAGGUGAUGCGUACAUGGUGGUGUCAGGUCUCCCAGUGCGUAAUGGUAAACUCCAUGCUCGUGAGAUUGCCAGCAUGUCAUUAGCUUUACUGGAACAAGUUAAAACCUUCAGAAUCAGACACAGACCCAAUGAUCAGCUGCGGCUAAGGAUAGGAAUCCAUACAGGGCCUGUCUGUGCAGGUGUGGUAGGCCUUAAAAUGCCCAGGUACUGUCUGUUUGGGGACACUGUCAACACAGCAUCAAGGAUGGAGUCCACUGGGGAAGCCCUGCGGAUACAUGUGUCCUCAGCCACCAAAGAGGUGCUCGACGAGUUCGGCUACUUUGACCUCCAGCUGCGAGGGGAUGUGGAAAUGAAGGGCAAAGGCAAAAUGAGAACAUAUUGGCUUCUUGGGGAGAAGACAGAUGUCUAUGUUAUCUGAGAGCCCUGCUGACCAAGGCAGAGCUGGCCGAAGCUGCUGCAGCAAGAGCCACUAUUCUGGAUGUUGUUCUACGUUCGAGAGGUUGUGCUGCUUCACCACCCAGAACAAUUACCCCCGUUACCUUUUGAGGGAGGUCUGUUCAGGUAUAUUUCAUACCUGCUUUUACUGCAAAAAAUAAAAAUGUAACGGUAAUUUUUAUGAUGAAGACUCUUAUGUGUUGAGACUUGGUGCCUUUUCCUUCCAAGUGAGAUUCUUAUUUUUGUGCUUUCUAUAUUCAGAUUUAUAUGUGAUUUGGAAACUGUAAAUGUGUACUUGGUAUCUUUAUCCCGCACACAAAAAGGAUAAGGGUACAGUGUAUUGAAUAUAGUGCAGGCGUCAGAAGUGAACUUAAUAUUUGUAUAUAUGUAUAUCCAAGACAUUGUAAGAUAUUUUGUUCAAUAAACGUAAUAAAAA